AUGACUGAUACCGAUAUUAAAACUUCUGAUGUUAAUACAACUAAGGAUGAUGCUAUUCAUCGUCAUCCCGAAAUCGAACAUUUUCUAAAUUUAAAUACAAUUCUUCAUUCAUUAGUUGAUUUUAUUCGACCUGAGACGUAUAUUGCUCAAGAUGAAUUACAAACAUAUAAUGAAUUGAAAGAUAAAUUUCUUCGUGAAUCAACAUCAAAACGAAAUAAACAACAACAAAAUAAAGGUCAAACUUCGAAAUCACCAUUAGAAGUAGCUGGUGUUCAAUCAAUUCGAACAACAUCAGGAAUUUAUCGAUUUCUUGCUCAUCAUCAUAAAAAUCAUCCAACAAAUAAGACUAAUAAACAAAAACCAAUAACUUCAGUUAGUCGAGAAGAAUUAUUAAAAAAACUUCAUGAUAAAAUGCCUCAUCGUCAACAACAACAACAAACAGAAAAUGGAAUUGAUCAUGCAGCUAAACGUAAACGUACAAAAGAGAAAACUGAAGAUCGUACAAAACGACCACGAACAACUACAAAAGAAUGGACAGCAACACCAUUAAAUACGGCCGAUGCAAAAUCAUCUAAACCACAACCAUCAACAGUUCCAACUCAUAUAACAUUUGGUCGUUUUGAUUUUAAAACAGAUGAUUCCGUUAUAUUGGAAUCAAAAAAGAAGAAAACGAAAAAAUUUGAAAGCAAACAAAAAAAAUUAAUCAAUACACUGAAAAAAGUUGAAUCCGAACAAAAUGAAAUAGAACGUUUAAAAGAAGAAAAUCCUGAGGAAGGAAAAGAACUUUUACGUGCACAAAAAUUUAAAACAGCAUUAGCAAAAGCUAAAGGUGAAAAAGUUAAGGAUAAUGUUCAAUUGUUACGUAAAUCAAUUAAAAAACAAACACAACUUCGUCAACGAUCAGCUAAGAAAUGGAAACAUAAUAAAUCGGAAGAAGGAAAACGACAGAAAGAAAAACAAGAUAAACGAAAUACUAAUUUACAAAAGAGAAAAGAUGAUAAAAAAGCUAAAAUAAAAAAACGACUCAUAAAAAAGGGCCGUAUGGUUAAUGGUUAA